AUGUCUAAAAAUAUAUAUCAAAACCAGAAGAAUAAGACUAGAUCUGUCCCUAUCCUAGAAAAACCAGCCAACAUUCCUAGUGACUCAUCUGAAGCUUCUCAAUACUUACUUAAUUUCAAUGAUCAGAGCCUCACUAAGUUGCCUUCUAACAUUCCUGAAAUGAAUGAAGACAAUGGUGGCUUCUUCAAUAAAUAUAAAGAUGAGAAAAUAGAAGAAGUAGAAAGUUACCAUACUGAUGAAGCUAUGGCUGAUGAGAAAGACUUGUUUACUAACCUAUGGAGAAACAAGUACAGUUCUGCCAUUUAUUUAACAACUAUUAAGGAGUUUCCAACUGCUAAAAGAUCAAACAAACCUAAACUAACUUUUGAAAAAACUAUCUAA